CUAACUUGUUGAUCAUUUCUUUGUUGCAGUGAGUCUGACAUCAUGCAAAGUCCUAGCAAAUUUUCCAGUGGCUCUGCCUCCACUACAACCCCUGCUGCAUGCAGGCUUCAAGGGUGGGCGGAUCUCCCUGAAGGUCUGCUCCAGUCCAUCAUUCCUCUGUUGGGUUCCUUUCUCGAGCUCCUUGCCUUGGCUGCCACCUGCCGCUCUUGGCGCUCUGCCUUCUCCUCAUACCCAUCCAAAUCAACAUUCUGCACCUUGCUCCCGCCUCUCCUUGUCCGGCCUCAUAUCAAAGUCCGUGCUCCUCAUCUCCCUUCCAGAAGUGAUGACAGUGUGAAGCUCCGCACAUGCCAGGUCCUUGAUCUAGCCAACCUGAGAACUGCCCUUCGCUGCCAGAUUCCUAAAGAGACAUUUGAGAUGUUGCACUUUGCGGGCUCUUCUUAUGGUCAGCUGAUUUGUGGUGGUGGCAGAAAUUGUGUUGUGGUCGAUGUGUUCACAGGUGCCAAAGUUUUGCCACCACAGCUCCCAUUGAGAUUCAGUGAGGACACUUAUUUCUUCUCUGGCAUGUUGACAGCUCCCCUCACCUCACAUAAUGCACACCUUGUAGUUUGCGCAGCUCUCAAACAGGGCAGCACCCAACGCUCCCUUCUUGAUUGGCCAGUUGGAAGUGAUUCUUGGUCAGAACUAUGGCUCAAUGGUUCGCGGAUUGAGCAGAUUGUGGAGUUCAAUGGUCAGUUCAUCGCAUUGGACUAUAAGUACAGGCUCCACACACUGUCCUUGGCCCCCCAGCUUGGUCUGCAGGAGAUAGCAACUGUGUGGUGGGAUGACAUGGAUGAAUGCCCAUAUCUAAGGCCAUGGCUCGUGGUGUGCGGAGACAUGCUCCUCAUUGUCGACCACUACAUAAUUCUUUCAUUUGAUGGAGCACCUGUCAACUACAAAGCUUACCGCCUGGACAUGUCAACUGUACCUGCAGUUUGGGUGGAGGUGGAGAAGCUGGAGAAUCACGUGCUCUUUAUUGGAAGCGAUGUGAGGAGCCCGGCAUUUUCUUGCGUCAGCCCAGGAAGAUGGGGCAAGAGGAACAACUGCUUGUAUUACGCAUAUUACGAUGUACCCUGGGUCUUGCACGGGCUUGGUGAUGAGGCGGAUGCUGUGUGGGAUCCAGACAAUGACGAUGAUAUUGUGUUCAAGAGGAACUGGUACACCCAACUGCAGCCCUUUUGGGUGUACCCAAGCAUGUUCUAUGCUGAUGCUGAUGGCAAGUGAUCUACGCGCCCUCGAACUGCUUGUGCUGAAAUUUCAUCUUCGGUUUCCGUAGAGAACAGAGACUUGCGUUUGCAUAGAUGGUGCAAUUAUGGUAUUACAUCUUAAAACUUGGGAUAUGUAGCUAAUCUUUUGCAGGCCUGUCAGUUUCAUUUUUUAAUAUGUUUGCACUUGCACUACUAGAUCUUUUGCACUAGCUGUGAAACUUUUGGAACUGAUUACUGUUAUUUGAAUUAGUAGAAUCGUUUGUAAUGUGUCUGAGCUUCCUCUGUCCCUGUAAAAUGUGGAGACUCAAUGUGCUUAUAUGCACGCAUCUGACUGUUGCCUUGUGCUUU